GACCGGGACGUGCGAGGGGCUAGGAGCCGUUUUAAAUCUGGAUGUAUAGUAGGACCAAGUGACACAGUAAACACUGAGCUAGAAGAGCUGCUCUAUCUAACACUGCAGCCAAAGCCGACACGGCUCUGAUAAAUUACAAUGGUUUUAAUAUACAUAAUGACGCUUCAUAUCGCAGGUAUACUGACUGAAUAGCUUUCGAAACGAAUGAUGGCAGUUGUCGACUUUCUGCUUGGCGAUUUUAAAUUUAGUCAUUCCCGUGUAGUUAGUUUUAAAUCAACAGAUCUACUGAGAUCGGAUUAAUUUUCAUCUGGCACCUACCUUUUUAUACAUAUAUAUUUUUUGUUUUCUUUUAAGGAUCUGUGUGGUCGAUCACUUGCAAAAUUGUAAUUGCGAAUGGAUUCCAGUUUGCUUAUUUGAACGGGAAGUGGACGGGUCAAGUGGGAGCACGAAUUGCUCCCGAAGAGGAAGAAAUACCACUGGAAUUACAGUUCGCUAAUUUGGGAUUAAGUUGGCAGUUUCUGAAGAAAUAGAACUAACAACAGUGUGAAUGAACAAGAGAAUGUAUGCAAUAAACCAGCGUUGUAUUUACAUAUCUUUUCAUUUCUUCGUGCUGUGGUGUAAUGCUCAGGGGGAGAAUCACCCGUCUCCUAAUUUUAACCAGUAUGUGAGGGAGCAGGGCGCAGUGACUGACCAGCUCAGCCGACGACAGGUCCGGGUUUACCAGCUGUACAGCCGGACCAGCGGAAAACACGUCCAGAUUCAAGGCAAGAAGGUCACCGCGACAGCAGAGGACGGCAAUAGUUUUGCCCGGCUCUUUGUAGAGACGGACACCUUUGGGAGUCGAGUUCGCAUCAAAGGCACCGAAAGUGGCCGCUACCUCUGCAUGAAUCGAAGGGGGAAGCUGGUGGGAAAGCCUAAUGGGAGGAGCAGAGACUGCAUCUUCACUGAGAUUGUCCUGGAGAACAACUAUACUGCUUUCCAGAACACUAAGUAUGAAGGCUGGUACAUGGCCUUUACCAGGAAGGGAAGGCCCAUCAAGGCCUCCAGAACCAGGGAGAACCAAAGGGAAGUACAUUUUAUCAAAAGACUUCACAAGGGCCCACUUCCCUUCCCUAAUAUGGACCGGCCCAAACAUUUUGAGUUCAUCAGUUUUCCACCAACUCGUCGAGCCAAACGCAACCGGAAAUCAAGGAUGUCGCCUUAGUGCCAGAGGACCAGUACAUCGGUUUGGACUGAGUUUGCAUUUUUUUUUUUUAAUAAUAAGAGAAAGAUACCAUUUUAUUUUUGUAUUUUUACUACUAAAUGCUUGAACAGAACAAAUGAUGUAACAGAUGAUAAUGUAAAAUGAUAUGAUAACUGUAAAUAAGGUAAGAUAGAAAAUGAAAUGUAUAUAUUUAAUAUUUCUGAGAGUGUGUUCGUAUGUAUGCCAGCGCUUUGAAGUACAGUAACUGGAGAAUUUAGUCAAAUAAACCUUCUGCCUCAAUGGAAAUCAGUACUUGUUUCCAUGACUAACUAUUAUGCUCCAUAGGACCAGCUGUAUAAUUUUGAAUGUAACCUUCAUUUUAAAUCAUGGUCAUAUAAUGUUGCAAUGUCUGUGCCAGUUUGUGAUGCUACUUUUUAAAAAGGUAUAAAUUUGACUAUAUUUUGCCAUUCAGGUUGUACUUCAGGUUGAGUUUAAGUAAAAGAAUGAUACCCUA